UCCCUAAAGCUACCUUUCCCGUCACUUCCAACGAACCCCUGAUGACACACAAAAAGAAUUCCCCAACUCCAGAAGCUGCCAACCUGGCUAUGACAGGACUACACACGACAGAGAUCCUGCUUGUAUGCAGAAGCAACACUCCAACACCAGGAGAUGUCAACCUGACUAUGGCAGGACUAUGCGAGAUGGAUAUCCCUUCCAUACCGGCACCUACGCAUAUACCCACUCAGCCUCAUCCCGGUGCGCCCUCGUCGUCUUUCCCACCGCAACAGCUUCUCCAAGCCUCAUCUGACGACAUCGAGGAUGACAAACGGGAGGAACUUGGAGUGACUGACAUCACGAGCUCCAUCGCAAACUCAGACUCGGAAUCAACCACUUCUAAGUCGCUUAAUAGCACAAAUGUCAACUCAAACUCAAUACCAACGCGGCAGCUUGAACGAGAGCAUGUGAAAACCAUAUACUCACCUAUGCGGCGUGGCACGAAGCAGAGUAUUGACGGGAAUUGGGAGGCCGCAGGCGAGGGGAAUAGGGAAGAAGAUGAGCAGGUGGAGGUAAGACGGCUGGAACCCCCCACCUCACCCAAUUGCGCGAAGCACAUAGACGGCUGGGGAUUGCAAAACGCGAGUGCCAUCAUGUCGGGCGGUUCUGGGUCCACUAUCAGGAGAAGUGAAACUACGUUAAGACACAUGAAGCGGAUUGUGGCGAGAGUGGUUGGAACUUCCAUGCUGGUAAAGAGACAUGGACGAUGGAAACAACCAGUCAGUCACAACUCUGCGCACCCGCACAUCGGCGCGGAACGCGAAUGUUUACCUGUCCUCGUAUUACUCGAACUCGUCCCCGAAUCCAUCGAUUUCUGGUUCUAG